GUUUCCAGUAAUACCACUGGCACGGGUAUCCAGCGCGCGGGAGGUCACUGGAUCGGAAAAAUAGGGACUGCUCUAUUUUGGAAUAUUGAUUUCCAGUUACCAGGAUGCUUGACUGGAUUGAAAUGUGACCUACGGAAUACAGAUUCAGUUUCUGACUGGAUCCAGUGCUAGUGUUACUGGAAAAAGUAGAAAGAUCAAUGUAAAUCAGCCGUUAUUGUAAUUUAAAUUUUGUAUAUGGUAAUACUAUUUUUAAAAAAUGACCGAAUAAAUGCCGAUGCCGAUCUUUUGCCCCACGCGAUUUUCAUCUUGUGCAAAUCUGAGUACGCGUUAAUUCCAAGUGAUUUGGUGUUUAGUUGUGAAAAUGUAUAGAAAUAAGAAAGAUGUUGAUAAGUACGUUGAGAACUUGAUGUCCAAAUUAUCUGCGAAAGAGUUCAAAACGCGAGCUUAUUCGGUGGCACGACUUUAUUUCGAAGUGGGGGACUAUUCUAGUUGCAAGCAAUACGUUGAACAAUAUCUGACUCAAAAAGACAACAAUGCAGCUGCUUACAAACUACUUGGACAGGCUUUGCAGAAAUUGGGACAAAAAGAAAAAGCUCUUGAGCAAUAUAAAACAUCCCUUGAUAUUGACCCUACUCAAACAUGUACCAUACUGGAUAUUUGUGAGCUUCUUGCCGAUGAUGAGAUUACUAUUGACUUGGGACGUGCCAAAUAUUGGUAUGAGAAAGCUGAAGCUACAUUUCCCAGACAUCCUGUAACAUACAAAUUACGUGAAAGACUGGUAACCAUCUCCAACCCAGACCCAGCUGCACUUGUUAGUCUGUUGACUAAUGAACUGGCUGUGCGACCUAAGGAUGCAUUACUUCAUGCACGCCUUCUUAAACAUUAUUUGCAGUCAAACCAAAUCAAAGAAGCUACAGAUCAUGCUUGUAAUGUGGAGUUUAGCAGAAACAAUUUUCUUAACAAUUAUUCCUGGUAUGAAACACUUAUUGAGAUCAUCAAGCACAAUUCCUACAACAUGAGUGAUUGGCUUAAUCAAUUAUUUCUACUAACUGUUAGGGAGCGUAUUUGCGUUUUGAGCCUCACAGAAACACCAAGUGGCUCAUCAAAGAGUUUAGUUGAAUCAAAUGACCUUUUACAUGCUUAUGAUCAGGCUAUAGAAGCUGUGACAAAGGCAGGAGCCUCACCUGGGUUUGCUGAAUUCCAUUCAAGCCUGUUACAGCACCAUAGAGGUCAAUUGGCAUUCCAUGUAGCCACCUAUCUUCUAAAGAAGGCUAAGAAAGAUCAAUUGAGUUGGAGACACGCUACCAAUACUGCCUCACCUCUCAUGUUGAUUGCUUGGCAUGUAGCACCUCUUGAUCCAAAAGUAAACUGGCUUGCUAGUGGCCCUGAAAAACAACAACAAGCAGUGCAACGCUGGUAUUCAGAAGGAGCUUAUAGGUGUUCUCAAUCUGGACACUACUUACUUGCUAAUAUGAAAGAAAAAAAUCAAUCAAUCUUGGAUCAAAUAUCUCAGAGUUGCUCUGGUACACAUUGGAGAGAUAAGUUAUAUGAAAAGAUUUUCACUGGUAGAGGACAUUUGGCAAAGAUAAAAUCUUCUUACUUGGCUUCUGACACCUUUGUAGCUCCUACUCUGAGAUUACCAAGAAGAAUUGAAGUUGAAACUUAUGAUCUGCAAGCACAACACCAGUUUGCCAACUCACUACAUCAUUUUGUUUGGACACUUUUAAAUUACAAGAAUUAUGCACACUUUAAGUGUACUCUUUUUGAUAUGCUGACGCCUAUUGCAUCAACUUGUGGUCCUGAGACCCUGAAUAAAUUGGAUAUUCAUGCUUUUCUUUACUGUGCUGCUCUAACAGCUGGACAACAAAAAUCCAGAGAAGUGACUUAUUUGUCUGACAAACCUACAGUUUUACCUGCUAAUAUUACAGACCUACUUUGUUCUUUACUUCAAAUGAAAUGGUGGGACUGUGCUUAUAAAUUCAGUCAAAACGAAUUGGGAACUGAGCUAACGGAUAUUCGCGCGACCAUAAGUCGAGGUAUUGAAGUCGUGCGAUGUGUUGACAGCCAUGGUUUGGAUCUUGAGAUGUUAUGUUUACUUGGCCGCAUUUUUAGUGAGAAGGCAAAAUUAACAACUGGUGUAGAUGAAAAGACAAAUUUUGAAAUCAGAGCUGGAGUGUAUUAUUCUUCUGCAAUACCUUUACUUGAAAAGUUGAAAUGUAAAAUUGUAGUAAAACUGCCUGAGAAAAGAAUGUUUGAUUAUACACACAAGGAACUGAAUACUAAGGAAUUGAUAGCCUUAAUUAGUGAAAGUAAACUUUUUGUUGCGGUUAACCACUUGAAUGAUUGUGAUUAUGAUAGGGUCAUUGAAAUUCUUUCUAAUGUGAAAACACCUCAAGCAUUUUAUUAUCUGAGUCAAACUUAUAAAAAAAUCGCAGUGGAAGAAAAUAAUACAUCUACAGAUGUUAAUGAAACUAAAUCUAAAUGUUCUGCUUUGCUCUCAAAGGCUAAAAAUUAUGCCUAUAAAGCUUUAGAUUUGCUUAAAAAUAUUGAAACAACCAAAGAUGAUCCUUUGUAUUCUGACACACAGUUAUUAAUAGAAGAUAUUGAAACACAAAUAAAUAAAAUUGAUCCCGAACUGUCAGGUAAUAUUGGAAAUGACCCUGAUGGAAAAUAUUUGUCAGAUGAAAAUAUUUCAUUAGCUGUAAGUGAGUCUAUUCCGCUGCGUACAAACUCACACGUAUUUCGAAAUCUUAGCUCAACACCUAAACAAGCACCUAAUCCUAAUGCUACCAAUUACCGUACUGCUGUAGAUUCUCACAUAUUAGAGAGUACUAGAGUAGAUCAACCAUAUUUGGAAAGAAUUGAACAUGAAAUAAAAAAUUUGCAGAAGAGAGACACAACUAUCAAUGACUUUAUGGAACAAACAAAAAUGUGGUUUGACGAAAAUCGGAAAUUGGGUAACCAAAUAAUAAGCACUAUUCACUCUAAUAUUCAAAAUACAACAGACCAAUUUAAGCUGCUAAAGAUCUCAGUUGACCAAGUAAAAGAUCAAAUAGAUGAGUGCAGAAAUGAAUGUAAAGAUGUGGGCGAUCUGAAGAAACAAAUAGCAGAAUUAAAAAAAGAAGUAAAUAAAUUGAAAAAGGCUUCAUCCGAACAGACUAUUAAUGAGAGUGAUUUAUAUAACUUAGAGGAUGAUUAUAGAACAAAUGAAAGCAGUUCUACUUUUGCACCUCAACUGCCUCUACCGCAAGUAAUCCCGCCAUUUAAUCAAAGGCUUGGCUUGCCACCUUUUUCGGUGCCUCCAAAUCCUUACCAUUUGUAUGGUCAAAAUUUAUAUAAUUUGUAUAAUCAGUAUUCCCAAUUCGCGCAGGCGGCGCAAGUUCCAGGAACAACUCCAUUGUUCGAUCCAACAAGAACUGCUAUGAAUUAUCCUGGUAUAUUUCCCACACCAGAACAAAUGUACCUAGAUGUUACUCAACUUGUUGCACCAAGUGUUCCACCAUCUACUGUUUCUACAGUCCCGCCAAUUCCACCAGUACCUUCUAUGCCUUCAAUGCCAUCUGUUUCGACUGUACCUCCUCCAGCACCAGCCCCUAUUGUUAUAUCAAAAGAGACGAAAGAAACUGGACGAACUCUUCCUGUAAAUGUUGUUAUAACUUCAUCUGACCCACUCCCAACAUGUACUACGACACCAGCACCUGUCCUGAGCGUGACUAUUCCAUCCAAGCACAUUAAAGGCACUACUGUUCAUAAUUAUCAGAUAACAAUGCCAUCCACAAAUGAGACUAAAGCGAUGACACCCCCCGUAUUUAGCUUUCCAGCAAAUGGUAAUAAAUCAAAUAACACAACCGCAUCACCUUUUGCUAGUUGGAAUCAGUCAAGUAUGUUUAAAAAUACACAAUCUCCUGCAGUAAGCAUUUCUAACGAAUCUAUGCUUUCUAAUACCAAGUCAUUUGGAGACGGACUAGACACUUCUACAACCGUUGUCGAUGGAAUAUUUACGCCAAACACUAGUCUGAACAAGUCAAGGACCUUGUCUGAGAAAAGUAAUACUUCGGUAGAAAAUUAUGAUCCAUGUCCUGAUUUUAAACCAAUCGUUCCUUUACCGGCUGAAGUGAAAGUGACGACAGGUGAAGAAGACGAAUGUACUAUAUUCAGUUCGAGAGCCAAAUUAUUCCGUUUUGUCGAUAAACAGUGGAAAGAGAGGGGAAUUGGUGAAAUAAAACUAUUAAAGCACAAAACGACUGGGAAAGUAAGAGUUCUAAUGCGCAGAGAACAGGUACAUAAAAUUUGUGCUAACCAUAUUAUAACACCCGAAAUGGAAAUAAAGCCAAUGAAGAAUGAAACUAAAGCUUACUUCUGGGUAGCUAACGAUUUUGCUGAUGAAACAGUUGUUUUAGAAAAAUUCUGUGUCCGGUUCAAGACAGCUGACAUAGCUAAUGAAUUCUAUGAAGUUUUUGAGAAAGCCAGAAAAGAAGCCUCAACUUUCAUCUCAACUGACUCUGGCUUGAAAUCUGAAGUCUCGAAGACAGAUACAAAUCAAUUUGAAGCUGCUGUCAAAGAAUUUGCAUCUACUACUUCACAACCUACUAAAACUGUAGUUGGUGGUUUCACAUUUAGCAGUACUCCAAAGUUCAAACCCGUAGAAAAUGACAAUAAAGAAGAUUCGAAAUCGUUAGAACCGGUGACAUCGAAAGCAAGUAUUUUUAGUGGUAUUACUUUCAAAACCACUACUUCUUCUCCAUUUAGCGGUAUAUUUGGUAUACCUAAUAAUCAAACAACAUCUAGCUCUGAUAAACCAGUUUCCAAUGUAGAUACUGCUAAAACAUUGAAUAGUUCUGACACUGUUGAAGAAUUCGAACCAAACGUAGAAUUUAAACCUGUUAUACCAUUACCAGCAUUAAUCGAACAAAAGACAGGAGAGGAAGAUGAAAAUGUCUUAUUUGAACAUCGAGCUAAAUUAUUGAGAUUUGAUGCUACUAAUAAGGAAUGGAAAGAAAGAGGCCUAGGAAACAUUAAAUUGCUUGUUCAUAAAGACAAUGUACAGAAAGUACGCUUAUUGAUGCGCAGAGAACAAAUAAUGAAAGUUUGUUGCAACCAUGCCAUUACUAAGGAAUUGGUAUUUCAGAAAAUGCCAAAUAUGGAUAAAGCUGUGACAUGGGGAGCAAAAGAUUACUCUGAAAAUGAGUUGGUGUCAGAAACAUUUUGUUUGAGAUUUAAAACAGCAAAGUUAUGUGAUGAUUUCAUGGAAGCUGUUCAAUCUGUCCAGUCAAAAAUGAAAGAAAAUCCUAAAGCUAUAAAGGAUGAACAAAAUGCUGCUAAACAAAGUAGCCAAAUUGGAUUUGGUGACAAAUUUAAACCUAAAGUGGGCUCAUGGUAUUGUGAAACAUGUUACACUAACAAUUUAGAGGAUUAUCUUAAAUGUGCGUGUUGUGAACAACCAAAACCAAAAGGCGCGGAUGACACAAAGGUUUCCUCUACCUCUACCCCUAACACGUCAUCAUGGGGUGACUCAUUCAAGCCAAAACCCGGUUCUUGGGAAUGCACCCAGUGCUUGAUACGAAAUGAAUCCAAUGUCGAUAUUUGUAAUGCUUGUAAUAGCCCGAAAGAUCCUUCAGCUCCAAAAGAAUCCAUCAAAGUUUCCUCAGAUGAUACACCUAAAUUUAUGUUUGGUAUUCCACAACAAACUUCAUUGAGUAUCCAAAACGCAGAAUCUGUAGCACCUAUGGAAUCUGUAGUGCCUGGUUGGGGUGACAAGUUUAAAGCCAAAGAAGGAUCCUGGGAAUGCAAAGAAUGUUAUGUCAGAAACGAAGGAGCAUUGGAUAAUUGCGGUGCUUGUAACAAUCCUAAGGACCCAAACGCGAAAAAGCAAGAGCCCAAGAGCUUAUUCGUAACGUCUGGACCUAAGUUUACCUUUGGCAUCCCUGCUGGCACGGGUAAUGAUACUACACCACAAAGUCAAACAACUUCUAUUUUCGAUGGCACUGGUACACAUAAAUUUAGUUUUGGUAUUCCAUCGACUGGUCAAGAUAAACCUCCGACUGUCGUGUCCUUUGGCGAUACAAAGUCUACAUCUAUAUUUGGUACUCCCAAAUCAACCACUGAAAAUGAACAACCUGUUAACUUUAGUCUAAAGAAUGGGGAAUCUGUAAUGAGUUCAGUAGCUACAAAGUCAGCAUUACUUCCUACUCCUAAUAUAAAUCCAAAUCCAAUUGCACUUGGAAAGAAAGAAGGCGGAACCUUCGACUUUGUAUUCAAACCCAAAACACCACCAAAAGGAAAAAGCCCCAUAAAGUCACCAAAGAGUGAUAAGGGCGAAGAGAGUGAUGGCAACGAAUAUGCAUCUGAAGAUGAGGGUCAUCAUAUACAUUUUAGUCCAGUCAUUCCUAUGCCAGACAAAGUGGAUGUUAUAACAGGCGAAGAAAAUGAGACGGAAUUAUAUGGUCAUCGCGCUAAGUUGUUCCGAUUUACAGCUGGCGAGUGGAAGGAACGUGGCAUUGGUGUUGUAAAAAUCUUAAAACACAAUAAUACCAAUAAAUUAAGGGUGGUGAUGAGACGUGAACAAGUUCUUAAAAUCUGCUUGAAUCAUACAUUGACGCCGGACAUUAUUUAUUCUUCAAAGGACGACAAAACAUGGCUGUUUGUGGCCAAUGAUUUUAGCGAUGGCGAGCUCAGUUUGCAUAACUUCUGUCUUAGAUUCAAAACUAAAGAGAUCGCUUUAGAAUUCAAAGAAGCAAUCGACAGAGCUAGAGGUGACGAUUCCAGCGAGAAGAGUCAUAGCGAUGCAAUUAAGAAAGAUUCCAGUGAUGACGUCGUAUUUGUAAGCGAAAUACAGGCUACUAAAGAAGAGAAGGAAAAAGCCAAGGAACUAAAGCUACCGGAAAACUUUUUUACCUAUACAAACAAAGCUCCAUGUUCUGGUUGUCGUGGCUGCAUAGAAGAUGAAGAUUCUAACAUAUCUUCGUCUAAUAGCUCAAUAGUUGUAGGAUCAACUGUCUCUACGACAAAUACAACAGCGUCUUUCAGUGCGCCUGCAUUCAAUAAAGCUGCAAUAUCAUCAAUGUCUACACCUACUAGAUCGUCCACAUUCUCGUUUCAGAGUCCAGCCACUUCUUGUUAUGGAACACCUAAUGUUCAAGAUAGAACAUCUGAUAAUUCAAUGUUCAGGACGCCACUUGGUUCGAUCGGUUCUAAUACAACCACCACACCUAGUGUUCACAAUAACAAUGUUCCUAAUAAUGACGCUACAAAUAAGGAAAAUACACAAAAGUUAAUCUUUUCCGGCCUCGGUGAACAAAAAACUUUAUUUGGUACUCCUCCAACUACAAAUGUAUUUUGUAGUACGGAGUCUCAAACACCCGUCAGCACAAAAACAAAUAUUUUAGCAGCACCCAAAUUAAAUACUUUGAAUACAUCUUCUGAAGAGAAACAAACUAUUGAUCCUAAAUCUGUUUUUGGAUCAAUAAAAUUAUCUGAUGUUGAACCAAAAUCAAUAUUUUCAUCAAAUAAGCCAAAUGAUAUUGAGCCUAAAUCAAUUUUUGCAUCAGUUCAAUCAAGCAAUGUGGAACCUAAAUCUAUUUUUGGAUCAAUUCAACAGAGUAAUGCAGAAUGCAAACCAUUUGGAUUUACAAACACGUCUACUUCUGUUUUUGGAAAUGCAGGAACAGGAACGUCGCUAAAUAAACCAAUAUUUGAUUUUAUAUCUGAAAAUAAAAAUGAAGGGAAUGAGAAAACUGAAAUAAAAUCAUUAUUUGGUUCAGAUGACCAAAAACCAUUUAAUCUGUUUAGCAGUGCAAACCAGGGAGGAAUAUUUGGACCUGCAGCUUUAUCGAAUAAUCAGGGCAAGCCUGGAUCUAUCUUUGGUUCAAGUGUAGGAUCUAGUUCCAAUUCAUCUCAAACUCAACCAUUCGGUUCUGGGAAAUCCAUAUUUGGUUUGGUUGGAGACCCAACAGCUCAGUGGACUGGAGCAAGCUUUGAAAAAAAAUCCAGUGAUGUCCCUGCUGCAAAUGGCUCUGGUGACAAGAAGAAAGAACCAACUUCCGAAGUUCCUGUGGAAUCACCUUUUAAAGUUGAUUCAAAUUUGUCUUUUGCUGCUCUGUCAUCCAGUAAUCCAGGAGGAUUUCAAAAGAAAGAUAACUUCCAAUGGGAAGGUGCCGGGCAACAGCUGUUUGGGGUUGGCCAGAAAUCGGCCAAUAAGGAGCUAGAGAAGUCUAAAAAUGAAAGCGGCGCCGGCGAAGAGGGGCUCGCAGCUGACGAGGAGUAUGACCCGCACUACGAGCCCAUCGUACCGCUACCAGAUAAAAUUGUUGUUACCACCGGGGAGGAAGACGAGGAAAAACUAUUUGGUGAACGUUGCAAGUUAUAUCGUUACGACGAAAAGACUCGUGAAUGGAAGGAGCGUGGGGUUGGCGAGAUGAAGGUCCUGUACCACCCGGGAAAGAAAAGCUAUCGCCUCCUACUACGACGAGAGCAGGUACACAAAGCCGUGUUGAACAUGCUACUGUUCAUGGACAUGGAGUUGCGGCCGAUGAAGAACUCGGACCGCGCGUGGACGUGGGCGGGCCGCAACUACGCGGAGACGCCCGCCGGAGACCAGGAGAUGCUCGCCGUCAGGUUCAAGUCCGUGGACCUCGCCACCGCUUUCCACGACAAGGUCGUCGAGUGCGUCAGGAAAUUGCAAGCUUCCGCCGCGCAAGCAAUAAGGGAGCAGCAAGAGACGAACAGCAAGCCGUUCGAGACCGUCGCGCCAUUGCGCCUACCAAAGCACAUGGCGGACAGCGCACGCGCAGACAACGUGAUGUCCGCUAAAACUGCGCAAGCGACCGCUGCGGCGAACUUCGCCAACGCGGGAGAUAGCAAGAAAAAUGGUGACAGUGCGGCGGCUGUCAGUGAAAUAUUCAAACAGGUCCACUUCCGGGAGCCGCAGGAUGCUCGGGAGGAGGAGGAGGACGAUGAGGAGGAGGGGUAUGAAGACUAUGAGCACAAUGAAGACUAUGAUGGAUAUUAUAAUGAGGAUGACGAGGAAUCGUCAACGUACUACUCGUGCGACGGCGAGGUGGUGGUGAAGCAGGGCGACACCGAGACUGUGUGCGAGCACGGACACGUCCAGGUGCUGUACGACCAGGACAUCUACUCGCCCAAGAUACUGGUCACCGACUCUGUCACGGGCGAAAUACUCGCCGACAUGCUGAUAUACACCGAUACCGAGUUCCAGAUGUCAGGCGACACGUGCGUGUGGUCGGGCACAGAUUACACCAGCAACGACCCGGUGUACAAGACGGUCACAGUUAACUUCCACGACAGUGAAACCGCGCUGCUCUUCUAUGACUGCUGCGAGACCAGCAAAGCUGCCACAUAUACGUCGACCGACCCGGAAUCAUAGGAAUUUUGCAUAAAGAAUUAAAUAAGUAUUGUAAUUUUGAAUUAGCAUAAUUUCGUAUCUGAUUUAGUUGUUAAGUCUUUAUAUUAUUGUCUAUCAAGUCUGUCAGACUAAAAAAUUGUUAGAAUCCAUUUUCUGUUAAACCUGUUUUUAUAAAUUCAGAUCUCAUUAAUGAAGGAUUAUGAUUAUUUCUUUCGUAUUUAAUCGUUUUAUAUUACUUUUGACAUGUUUUACUUUAAAUGUAUAAUUCAAAGGACGAAAAAAAAAUGUAAAAAUUAAAUCAUAAAUCUUGGUAUCUAAUUUACUUACCAUAAAUCAUUUAUCAAAUAUUCCGAAGAUUUUGUAUUAGACUGAAACUUUAUUAUUAUUGAAUGAUAGAUAACAUCUUGAACGGAAUAUAACAUAACAUACACCACGAUCAUAAGUAUUCAAUUCCGAAAAAUAAAACGCCUAUAAUAGUUUUUUUUAUUACUAUUAUUUGUAGUAUUAAGUGUGUAUGACUUCAUGUACAUGAGUGUGAAGACAUGUUCAGAGGUUAUUAGCGACACAUUGUUAUUUUUCGAUAUGUCGUAAACCUGUAGAAAAUGCCGCCCUCGAACCGGCUCGGUAUCAUUAUUCUAUUAGUUAAAAUAAAUAUUAAAUCGCCGAUAGCCCCUAGUAAGUGUAGUAAGUCAGCUAGACCCUAAAACGGCUGGUCUCGGUUUUAAAAAUGGCUCUUACUAUUAUUGCUUAUAGCGAAAGGAGAUCUAACCAAUGUUCUAAACUAAAUAAUGCACUUGAAAACAAAUGUUAAAUAUAUCAAUACACUAUUACAUUGACUUGUAAUGUUCCUAGUUGGUUAGGUCUUUUUAUAUAUUACAAUCAUGAAGCUACGACUAGAUCAUUAAUCCCAGUGCGUGUUACAGUCUCUCGUAGCUUUGUAUUGCUACAUGUAGCUAGCCUUCAUUCACAAAACUCAUUUAAUAUAAUACAAACACAUGUUGAUCAUUGUACAUUUUGUUUUCGUAUGUUUAUUUUUAUAGAUUUUAAUUAAAUCCUGAACUGGCCGUAGCGCUUUAGUAAUGAUGACUUUUGUGAGUAAAGGCUGUAAGAAAUAUUCUUCUAAAUAAAUAACCCUUUUUAAAUUGAAAUGAGAAAGGGAGUGUUACCUCUUUUAUUUGUUUGUUGAUGUUUUAUUAAUAUGUGUUAUUAUUAUGAAAAAAAUAUUUUGAACUUGAGUAUUUCCUUUUCUCAUUUGAAUUGUGAUAUUAUGUAACUUAAUUGAACAAAUAAAAAAUAUAAACCCA